UCUUUGGUGUGAAAAACCUAAAGUUCCUUUCUCGGCGAUGUAAUGAAGGCUUAAAGUCGUCAUCUAUGCUAGCUAUGCUUGUUUAAAAAAGCUUUAUCUUGCUGCUUUGAUGACAAGAGUAAAUAGACCCACACCUUACCAUCAACAUCAACAUUAACAUCAACACAACAUCAUCUUGUCAAGUUUCCAGCCACAAUCACACACAUCCCAAUUCAAAGGCUAUUCAAUGGGCUUAGAUUCAGAAAAGUCGGCGAUUUCGAAUGCGCCGAUCUGCCGCGCGGAAGAUAUGAUGCUCCCGUCCCACGCCGAGCCGCCCGCGCCGGUCCCCAACGAUACCGCCGGGGCUGAAGUCGGCUCCGAGUGCGCCACGCAGACGCUCUACGAAGGUAAGCGAAGAUGCGAGUGCUGCAGGAACUGGGUGGAGGAGUACCCCAAGGACUUGCAGGUCAAGGUCGAGGCGGGGCCCGCGGUCAAGCAAAAGGCCCUCGUCGCGCGGAUGCGCCGCAACCACGACGGCGGCGAGGGCGACGGGGAGCCCCUGGCCCUCGACUCCCUCGUCGUCCAGAGCGCCUCCCUCAAAAGGACCCUCGGCGAGCUGUUCGAGGGGUUCCAGGGGAUUACCCCGUCCCUCAAGAAGGUUGUCUUCCGGUCGCCGUUCCGCCCCUUUUACUACCGUUGGAAGCGGUUCGGCGCGAUCCUGGACCGGCAGAGGCGUGACGACCCGGCCGCCGCGGCGUACACGCAGCUCCUCUACGACACGCUCAGCCGGCACUUCGGGGCCACCUUUGCCGAGAUCGACGACCUCGUCGGCCACGGCGUCAUCACGCACUCCCUCCUCUGGGCGCUCUUCGAGCCCGGCACGCUCGCUGUCGCUAGGGAAGACGGCGACGAGCGGUUUUUCCUCGUUGACGGCUGCACCGAGAGCCAACUAGGCCCGGUGGGCGUCAUGGUGCGCUUCAUCGACUGGGACGGGUCCCGGUUCGGGUAUGCUAAGGCCGGCAUCCACAUCCCUCCGUUUGACGGCACUUGCGAGAUCAACAAGCUCGGCAUCUACCCGGCGCGCUUCCACGGGUCCCAGCAGACGGCCGAGGCCGAGGCAACUCUCCGGGGCCGGCGGUUUUACGCACUCGGCGGCUUCCACCACAAGGCCUACUCCGGGAUGGCACGCGUCAAGAGCCGGACGGCCACACCGCGCCACGUCGACGGCCGCAUCAUCGUCGAUGCCGCGUCCUACUUCCACGCCAACAACGCAAAGGAGGAGCUCGCGCCCCUCUCGGAGUCGCUGACGCCUAAGAUCGACGUCCAGGACGACGCACACAACAGCGACAACAACAGAACCAGGUCUUCAAUCGCCACGACAUUCUCUAGGCCCAGGCCCAGGCCUAUUCGGGAUCUCCGGGACGAGGACGGGACGCAGAGAAAACAGAUCGACGUCGGAGAUGGACCGGUACAGGCAGAGGAGAAACCGGGAUCCAUCCCCGCCCUCACGGACGCGCAGUUGCUCAUCUGCAACACCACUGUCAAGGGCUACUCCCUCAAGCUCAAGCGCUGGGCCGAGUUCCGGGUGGCCGACGUGGCCGAGGUCGCCUUCAACGACGCCGCCUUCCCGAACCUGAUGCUCCCGGGCGGCUACAAGAACCUGAUCCUCUCCUUCGUGGACGGGCAGGCCAAGCGGGGCAGCAACAACACCUUUGACGACGUCAUCGAGGGGAAAGGCCGGGGCAUCGUCAUGCUCCUGACCGGCAACCCGGGCGUCGGCAAGACGCUGACGGCCGAGGCCGUGGCCGACAAGCUGCGGAAGCCGCUGUACGUCCUCAGCGCCGGCGAGCUGGGCGAGGCGAGCCGCGGCGUCGAGCAGCGCCUGCGGGAGGUUCUCGAGCUGACGGAGAAGUGGAACGGCGUCCUCCUCUUCGACGAGUGCGACGUCUUCCUCCAGGAGCGCUCGGCGAACGCGCUGGCCCAUAACGAGAUUGUCGCCGUGUUCCUCCGACUCCUCGAGUACCACCGCGGCAUCCUCAUCAUGACCACGAACCGCGCCGACUCCAUCGACCGGGCGUUCCAGAGCAGGAUCCACCUAACGCUCCACUACCCGGACCUCGACGCGGCGGCCAAGGAGCACAUCUGGCGGCAGUUCGUCGCACGCUCCCUCUCCAUCUCAGAACGGGACGACGGCCGCGGCGCCACGGCCGCUUCCCUGGGGGACGAGUCCUUCACGCGCCUGGCGAGGCUGCCCUUGAACGGGCGGGAGAUCAAGAACGUCGUCAAGGUCGCCUCGCUGCUCGCCUGCCAGGAGCAGACGGCGCUGGGCAUGGGGCAGAUCGAGACCGUCCUCCGGGCGACCAGAGGCAUGGGGGCGGAGCUGGACGUUCUCAUGCGUUAGUCUACGAUGGUGCGGGUGUGCAACAGAGCACGUAAACCGCCAGGUCUGGGCAAGUCUGCAGGUCCCCUUGAGUGAUGGAUACAUUACCCUCGCCCCUGGUGCGAUAAAGUUUGCGAAUAUCUUCCAAGGGUCGAGCUUAGACGGACGACUCUUUUCGAGAACCCCGAGUUUCGUUUCCGAUGUCGUUAACUCCACGAAACGAGGAACGUUCCACAUGCCGUGUCACCCCAGACGGAGAGAUCCCAGGCCCGGGUAAAUACUUGGUCUGUAGAGAGAAACUAGGUUCAUUCUCGUCUCAUGUUGGCAUCUCAUCUACCACCUUUGUUCGUGUUCCCUCGUAUCGAAACUAUAAAAAUGUAAAAAAAGACUAGUCAACAUACCUCAGAAUAGCUGACGGACGGAGGCAACAACAAGCGAGACCAAUUGAAGCCCGAAAACAUGCUUCAGCUUCAAACGAAAGGUUUAGUUGACACAGGGGCAUUUUUCACACGUUACAACACACGAUCCAAUCAAGGCCUUUCCUCCCUGUGAUAGUAGUGAGUGAGUAGUCAUGGAUCACUUAGCGUCAAGCUUCACAAGCUGUGUAUCAAGAAAACUCUACAAAUCACCGAAAGAAUUACACGACAUAGUCUGUUUUAUAAA